UGCAGUAGGCGGCGGUGUACACACUUGCAGUGUAAUUAUGAUUCGUUAAUAUGCGCAAAGAAGGAGAAGCAGGAGCAGGCGAAAACGAAGAAGAAGAAGAAAACAAGAGGCGCUACCAGCUAGCUUGGCAGGUUACGUCGAGGAAAUUCUGAGAGUCCUCUGUCUUCGUCAUAUUGCCUCCCCUUCGCUCCUGCUCUCGAGCGCUGCAGGAUUCUUGGACUUUUUUCCUGACCUGCCAACAUGCCAGCCGCGCUUACAGAUUCCAGUCAGAUAAUCUGUGAAGUCUGGGCGAGCAAUGUAGAGGAUGAAAUGCGGAAAAUCCGGCAGAUUAUUCAAAACUACAAUUACAUUGCCAUGGACACAGAAUUCCCUGGAGUGGUCGUUCGGCCCAUCGGUGAAUUUCGUAGUACAGUGGACUACCAGUACCAGCUGCUGAGGUGUAACGUCGACCUCCUGAAGAUCAUCCAGCUCGGCCUCACAUUCAUGAACGAGGAAGGAGACUAUCCUCCCGGCACGACGACGUGGCAGUUCAACUUUAAGUUCAACCUCACAGAAGACAUGUACUCACAGGACUCCAUAGACCUGCUACAGAACUCGGGCCUCCAGUUUAAAAAACAUGAAGAAGAGGGAAUCGACACGCUGUACUUCGCCGAGCUCCUCAUGACUUCUGGUCUGGUGCUGUGUGAAAACGUCAAGUGGCUCUCCUUCCACAGCGGCUACGACUUCGGCUACCUGGUAAAGCUCCUGACAGACGCACGGCUCCCCGAGGAGGAACACGACUUCUUCCAGAUCCUCAACCUGUUCUUCCCUGCCAUCUACGAUGUCAAGUACUUGAUGAAGAGCUGCAAGAACCUGAAGGGAGGACUGCAGGAAGUGGCAGAUCAGCUGGAGCUGAAGAGGAUCGGGCGGCAGCACCAAGCCGGAUCGGAUUCGCUGCUCACCGGCAUGGCUUUCUUCAGGAUGAAAGAGCUUUUUUUCGAGGAUAACAUCGAUGACGCAAAGUAUUGUGGGAGAUUGUAUGGCCUGGGCUCGGGCUCCAGCCAACCCCAGAAUGGCAUCUCCAGCUCGGGCCAGGAGGAGACGAACAACAAGCACUGACCGAGAUCACAAAGCCUUCAAGUGGAGCACGCACUUGUUUUAAAAGCUGACCAGCAGAUCUCCCCUCUGACCUCCCUGAACAAGACACAAACUCAACUCGUUUCCGUAAACUUUCCUCCCGAGUGACUGGAAAACGGACUCACGGUGACAGUGGAUCCUUCACUGGCUCACUGCUUUCUUUUUAGUCGCUUUUAUUGAGUAUAUGGCUAUAUAUUCAGAACACUUUUUUAAAAAUCUGUUUGGUUUCUGGUUUCUUCUUCAUCCCCCCCAGCAUUGUAGUGACACCCUUCUUUAACAGCAUGGGACCAGCUCCUGUAUCAUACUGUGAUUUCAGACCAAAUCUUGAAAACCAGUCCACUCUUUCAGUUCAGACUUCAGCAGCAGGACUCAACUCUUGUCGCAGGGAUUUCAUUUUUUUUUUUUUUUAAGUUGGUGACAGAAAAGGCCUGUAAAUUAAAAUGUAUAAUUUUGUUGAAAAUAAAAAUGUUUUAGCUCCUUUUUCCACUUUCAGAAACUUAACAGUGGGCAUCAAAUUGUACAGCUGUGCUCUGGUUAUGCAUGUUGUUUCAAUGGGAAAACUACUGUUGUCGUGUGCAUUCAUCCACCAAACCAAACUGUCCACCGUCAGGUUUACAGAUGUUGUGGUUACUGUUUUUACAUUCUAUAUUGUUUUAAACAGCUGUAUAUUAAAAAUCGUUUUGUAUUUUCA